GGGAACCCCGGGCCCCCGCGGCGGCGGGUGAGACCCGGAGCCGACCUGCGGGCUGGUGGGGUAGGGCCCGCCGGGGGCCGGGGGUCUCAGCUCCGUGGGAGGCCAGGCUCGGCCUCGGCGCCGGCAGCAGCAUGAAGUGUCUGGUCACGGGCGGCAACGUGAAGGUGCUCGGCAAGGCCGUCCAUUCCCUGUCCCGCAUCGGGGAGGAGCUCUACCUGGAGCCCCUGGAAGACGGGCUCUCUCUCCGGACCGUGAACUCUUCUCGCUCUGCCUAUGCCUGCUUCCUCUUUGCCCCCCUCUUCUUCCAGCAGUACCAGGCGGCCGCCCCUGGUCAGGAAGCCCUGCGCUGUAAGAUUUUGAUGAAGUCAUUCCUGGCCGCCUUCCGCUCACUGGCCAUGGUGGAGAAGAGUGUGGAGAAAUGCUGCAUCUCGCUGAAUGGCAGGAGCAGCCGCCUGGUGGUCCAGCUGCACUGUCGAUACGGGGUGAGGAAGACUCACAACCUGUCCUUCCAGGACUGCGAGUCCCUGCAGGCCAUCUUCGACCCAGCCUUGUGCUCGCAUGUGCUCCGUGCCCCAGCACGGGUCCUGGGGGAGGCUGUUCUGCCCUUCCCCCCCGCACUGGCAGAAGUGACACUGGGCAUCGGCUGUGGCCGCAGGGUCAUCCUGCGCAGCUACCAGGAGGAGGAGGCAGACAGCUCCGUCAGAGCCAUGGUGACGGAGAUGAGCAUCGGGGAGGAGGAUUUCCAGCAGCUGCAGGCCCAGGAAGGGGCGGCCAUCACUUUCUGCCUCAAGGAAUUCAGGGGCCUCCUGAGCUUCGCGGAGUCCGCAAACUUGUCCCUUAGCAUUCACUUCGAUGCACCAGGCAGGCCAGCCAUCUUUGCCGUCAAGGACACCCUGCUGGACGGACACUUUGUCCUGGCCACGAUGUCAGAGUCAGACCUGCACUCCCCAGCGCCCCACAGGCUGGUGCCUCCCCUCCAGGCUCACAGCACGCCCCACCUGGAUGACUUUGCCAAUGACGACAUCGACUCCUACAUGAUCGCCAUGGAAACGACUGUGGACAGUGAGGGCUCCCGGGCAGGACCCUCCAUUCCCCUUUCCCCCGGCCUCCGGCCCCCCUGUAGCCCUGGCCCCUACUCUGAGGACAAUGAUGCCGAGCCCAGUACAGAGCCUGGGACUCCCCCACCCAAGAAGUUCCGCUCGCUGUUCUUUGGCUCCAUCCUCGCCCCUGCACACUCCCCUCCGGGCCCCAGCCCUGUGCUGGCUGAAGACAGUGAGGGUGAAGGCUGAACUGAGGACAAGCCUGUGUCCAGAGGCUCUGGACUAGAUGAAGCCAUAGCCGCCCACUUCCCCCGGCAGCAGCCUGGGGAUAGGGCUGCUCUCCACCCGGUUGGGUGGUCAAGGUGGGCUGUGCUGAGCUGAGUGCCGGCCCUGCUGCCACUCCAGGUGCCUCCUGGGUCCCGUCUUCUCAUCAACUUCCAACCAAUCAUGUCUGUUCCUAGGCUUGGCACCGAGCUGCCACCUGAUGGAAUGCCCCUCACCUAUUACCCAGCCCCUCUGUUUUAGGCCAGACUCCAACCAUGUGGCUAGGGCUGGACACCUGCCUUCCCUAAGUGUACCUCCCUAAGACAAAAAUCACAGAGGGGCUAUUGGCCCUUGCCAGUCUGCCUUCUUUGCCAAUCAUGACCUGUCCCUCCCCCAAAUCCCAAAUCACCUUUGGGAUCUCUUGUGGCCAGCUAACUUUUUGUUUCUCUGUGCCGUCUGGCUCUGGCUUGGGAUUCUAAGUCCCUGUGGACCUGAGCCUGUGGCUGGGAUUACCCUGGCUGGGGCCUCAUGCCCAGCAAGCCUGUCCUCCCAAGUGGCCCUGGAUAGAAGGGCUGCCAGCCCAGUCCUUGGGACAAGGGAGACAGAGGCCAUGGCGAGAAUCCAGCUUUGACCUUUAUUCAAGAGACCAGAUGGGUCGCCCUAGGAUCUGUCUGCUGGCCCUGAGGCCAAGCAAGGCUGGAAACCCACAUCUGGCCCUGCUUUGCCCUGAGCUGCAGCCUCGGCCCCAGGAUCCUGCGUGCGACCACUGCAGGUGCAGGCGGAAGGAGCCCUGGGGGAUUGGACGCUGCUAUUGAUUCAUUAAAAAAAAGAAAAAUA